AAACACACACAGUCUCCGUCCGAUCUGUUUUCUAGAAUCAUCCCGAAACUCUUUUUCUACUUCCUUCAUCACUCGAUCACCGAUCCAACUUCCAAAAGCAAAAACUCAAAAAAACAAACAGCUAACAAAAACAAAAACAAUGUUCGGCGUCGUGUUCCCCAAUCGAAGUUUCCCAAUCGACAUCUCAACCUUCACCCAAAUCGACACUCUCCACUGGGUUCUCGACAUGAACCACUUCGUCGGAGAAGCGUACGAUCAAAUCGGAGAGAUGUGCAUCUUCCUCCUCAACAACUUCACCCUCCCACCCGACAAAGCCCUAGCCGUCUACGUCCAGUCCCCAGGAUCCGCCUUCGCCUUCUCCGGCGCCGUGACCCUAUCCCGCCCCUCGGCGGUCCUCUCUCUCCAGUGGCCGGAGCCCGGGAGCGCGGCCCAGCUCCAGCUCACGGCGGGGGACUCGGCUCCCUUAUCGGCCAAAAUCGGUAUCUCGGUGGAGGACGCGGCGGCGCUUCCGUCGCUGGACGUGGCGGCGGAGAGGAAGAUCGAGCGGUUGGCGAUGAGGGUCGGGGAGAAUCUGUUUAAUUUCAUGCAGUCGUUUUGUGGGGUUGAUGGGAGUAAGCUUGUUGUUCCGAUGGAUAUAUUGGAUCGGUGGUUUAAGAAGUUUCAGGAGAGAGCUAAACGUGAUCCUGGUUUUCUCAAAAGCUUCGCUUUGUAAUGUUUUUUUUAGGUUUAGUUUCAUUUCACUACAAAGGACCGGCAUUUCAUUGUGUGUUUACUUCUGUAUGAUGAUGGACUGAAGAAAGGGAUUGUAGUGUGUACUUUAGUUUGGCAAUGAGAAAAGUGAUUUUGCUUCUAA